GAAACGAAACAUGCUGUCACCGCUGUGUUGUUUCUUAGGUGUAUUAAUUUUCUUAGAUAGUUUUUCGAUAAAAGCAGAUGAACUUAAAAUUGACAAUGGUGGCUGGUUUACAUCAAAAGCAGAUAUGCUGGCUUUUCCUGGACCCUGUGACAUUGAAGUACGAGAAGCAUCAGGAUUAUCUCAAGAAGAAUUCUUAGAUAGAUAUGCUUUUGACAGACCAGUUGUACUGCGAGGAGCUACUGAUAAUAAAGUUUUUCAGGAUCUAUGUCGUAAAGAUGCACUAUUAAAUGAGCAUUCUUCCAAACGUAUACGUCUAAGUUCUGCUAAUACACAUUCUUAUGACAAAGUGGAUGUAACUUUGGAGUAUUACGUCAAUCAUGUCAUGAAACCCCAAGCACUUGACACUUUAGGCAAUGAAACAUUUUACUGGUUUGGUGACAACAAUUUUACAGAGUGGAAGUCUUUGAUAGACAAGUACACGCCCCCUCCUUAUUUCCUGCCUCGUAUGUCAGGGGCUUACAGUUUUGGACUUGCAGGGGCAGGAACCGGAGUUCCCUUUCAUUUUCAUGGUCCGGGAUUUGGCGAAGUUGUUUUUGGUCGUAAGCGCUGGUUCAUGUACCCCCCUCAUAAAACUCCACACUUUCACCCCAACCGGACAACACUACAGUGGCUGCAUGAAGACUACCCUGAUCUGCAUCCUUCUGAUAGGCCAUUAGAGUGUACUAUAGGACAAGGGGAGCUGAUUUACUUCCCUGACCGCUGGUGGCAUGGGACUUUGAACAUAGACACCAGCGUAUUUAUAUCCACAUUUCUCAACUAACUCUUGGCUAGGCUUGUAAUUAUUUUUACACUUAAUUUAUUGAGAUGAUUUUUAUGUGGUUUAUGAUUUCCCCAUUGAUUUAUGGUUGGCUUUUGUUUCUGUUUUUUAAAUUCUAUUUGAACUGUUCGGGAUUUAAAAAAUUGUAUACCAACAUAUCAGAGCUUGUUACUUUAAGGAAGUUAUACGUCAACAUGUUAGCCUCUUAUGUGUCAAGAAUGUCAUAUGUCAUUACAUUAAGAAACUCAUGUCAACAUAUUUAGAAAGAUAUACAUCAACAUGUCACAGUCUCUCAUGUGUCAAGAAUGUCAUAUGUCAUCACAUUAAGAAACUCAUAUGUCAACACAUUAAGGAAGUUAUACGUCAACAUGUCACAGUCUCUCAUGUGUCAAGAAUGUCAUAUGUCAUCACAUUAAGAAACUCAUAUGACAGCCUAUCAUACACUAUGCACUAUUGUUAACAUGUAGCUAAAAUGUGAGUUUCUGUGUUUGUAUGUCUUGAUGUUGGAGAAGAUGAUGUUUACCCUCUGACAUCCUGAUGUGCUUGGCAAUUUUAUGACUUGAGGCUCAUUGUAUGUUUAUGUUCUUUUGUUGAUGAACUGAAUCAAAUGUUAAAAUUGAUGUUGAUCCAUAAUUUCCACAGUUGUAUGUUGAUAACCAUAUAUAGUUGGUGUAUGUUGAUGAUUUAUAUAUUAAAGAAUUA